AUGGCCGACUCGGGCGCACAAGCCCGCACCACAAAGGGCCAGCACCUCACCGCUGCCCCCUUCGUCUCGCACGUCUCGGUACAGCAGGCCCUCGAGACCAACGACCCCGCUCAGCUUCAAGCCGCUCUCGCCCAGAUCGACAACCGCGCCGCCGCCCUCAACGCAAAGCCCCAACCGCGAGCUCAGCCCGACCUCCUCCUCGACUACCUCAAGCACGACCCGGCUUGCCAGGGCGUCUUUGCCUCGUGGGACCUCGCCAACAAGACCAACAACUCGCCGCUCGCCGCGGCCGUCCUGUCAUGCCUCGCGUCCCUCGUCCGCCUCGCGUCGACCGACCCGUUCAACCCCUCGCCCGAACUCGUCAAGACGCUCCUGUCGACAAAGUACGCCCCGUACUUUGACCGCUCGCUCAACCCGGGCCGCAACGACGUCACGACCGCGUCCCUCAAGCUGUGCAACGUCCUCGUCGGCUUUGGCGGCGGCAGGUUCGCCCGCCGCGUCUUUGGCUGCUUCAGCUGGUCGCCCAAGGUCACGAGUCGCCUGUACAAGACGCGCCUGCGCACCCUGACGACCGCCAACGCGCUCGCCAAGCCCGACAUCCGCACUCUCCUCGUCCUCCUCGUCCUCGGCUUCCUCUCGGCCGGCGACGUCCGCCUCAAGGGCCUCGUCCUCGAGACCAAGGGCCUCCUCGCCGGCGCGUUCAAGGGCCUCGACGAGGACCCCGAGGUCGUCGUCAAUCUCGUGCUCGAGACGGUCGGGCAAGAGCUUGUCGUCGAGCGCCGCGUCGGGCUCGAGGCGAGGCGCAACAUGUUUGACGAGGCGUGCAUGACCGAGCUCGUCAAGCUGCACGACUACCCUCAGCCGGAGGACGACGCGCCCCUGUCCGCGUCGCACCCGUCCCUGUCGAUCGACCGCUUCUUCCGCCUCCUCAAGACCUGGCUCGCCGACCAGAUCGCCUCGUCCCCGCUCGGUCGGUCGUCGGGCCCGCAACGCGUCUUGUCGACCCUCCUGCGCUCCCUCAAGGUGACCGAGGACCCGACGCAGCGCGCCCUCGGCCUCGACAUCCUCGCGGCCGCGCCCGUCCUCGCCGGCGCCUUCUGGGCCAAGUUCCCCUCGUCGCUCGACCCGCGCCUGUCGUCGCGGUGGGUGAGCGCCAUCACGUUCGCGACCCAGGUCGUCGCGCUCCCCGUCGCCGACUCGCUCGCCCUGUCGCCGACCGCGACGCCCGACGCCCAGGCCCUCCAGGCAGUCCCGUCCGCGUCGAGCAUCCUCGACGCCAUCCUCCCGCCGUCGAGCGGGGCCGGCGCGGCGCUCAGCCGGAGCUGGUACACCAAGGCGCUCGCGCACGAGACGCCCCUCGUGAGCUUCCUCGCGUCGCUCUUCCUCCUCGCCGUCCUCCAGAAGGCGUCGGCCGUCCUCACCGCACUCGCCGACGCGAGUCGCACGCUCGAGGAGCAGGACGGCGGCCGCUGGGCCGUCACGGCGCGCCGGGUCCGCGACGAGCUGCGCGCGCGCCUGCCCGACCCGGCCAUUGUCGUGAGCCUCAUGACGCGCACCGCUGCGGCGGCGUCGGCGGCCGAGCCCGAGACCGCCAAGCGCGGCGGCGGCGGCAAGGCCAAGGUCAAGGGCAAGGGCAAAGGCGGCGCCGGCGGCGAGGACAAGGAGGACGACUCGUCGGCCAAGGCGAGCAAGAAGGCGUCGGUCGGCGCCGGCGAGGGCGCCCUCCUGCGCACCAACGUCGCGCUCCGGCUCCUGUUCCUGUACCACCGCGUCGCGCCUCAACUCGUCGCCGCCCUCAAGUUCGACUUUGCCAAGCUCCCGCAGACGUACGCCCGCGCCGGCCAGGCCGCCGCCGCCGUCGCCGUCGCCGCGCCUGAUGCAUCGACCACGGCCGAGGCGACCGCGCCCGAGCAGCAGGACGAGGACCCGGCGGCGCGCUCCGAGGGCCUGCGCGCCAUCUCGUCGGCGUACGCGCUGCGCCUCGCCGCCGCGCACACGUCGUCGUCGUCCCAGUCGGCCGCCGCGUUCGCCCGUCCCGCCGACUACUACAAGCAGACGCUCGCGCCCCUGUUCGAGCUGUACCGCGUCCCGGCGACCCCGUCGAACCGGACGCUGCUCGGCGCCAUCCUGCGCAGGCAGCUCGGCAGCGCGGCGCUGUUCGGCCCGGGCGCCGAGGAGAGCGGCGAGGUCGACACGUGGUUGCGCGCGCUGCCCGUCCCGAGGGAGGAGGGCGACGAGCACGCGGCGGCCGUCCUCGACGCGUUCGAGCGGGCCGUGCGCGAGACGCUCACCAAGCCGCUCCAGGCGCCAACGGCCGCGUCGACGACCACGACCGCCGCCGACGCGAGCAGCGAUGCCGCGCUGUCGCCGCUCAUGCGCACGGCGCUCGCGCACCUCGCCGCUCGCGACGCCGCGUCGCCGCCAGGAGCGGCCCUCCUGCGCUUCUUCGGCGCGCUCGCCGCGCAGAUGGUCGCGAGCGAGCGCUCUCUCGCGCGCCCGAGGGCCGUCGUCGACGCGCUCGAGAGCGCGCUCGAGCCGCACGCGGCCAAGGGCGAGGUCGAGGCGGCGGUGCGGGGCUGGAGAGAGUGCCUCGCCGUCGCGGCGGGCGAGGAGGCGGUCUCGGGCGCGCCCGAGGGCCUGCGGGCGACGGUCGAGGCGGUGUCGGACGACGAGGUGCUCGAGGAGGCGGUCGCGAGCCUCUCGCCGAGGAGCGCGAACGUGUUCGUCGCGCUCGAGGGGCAACACGAGUCGCUCGAGCGGACCAUCGCCGUCAUGCCGAUCCCGCUCGUGUUCCUCCACGCCCGCACGGCCGACCUCGCCAACCCCGCCAUCGCUCGGGCCCUCGUCGCCCUCGUCGUCGCCAGGUCGGCUCACCUCGCCGCAGCCCAGGUCCUCCUGCACCGGUUCGUCGGCUCGACGUCCCAAGCGCUCGCCGACUUCAUCGGCGACGUGUACCGCUCGUGCGGCGACCUGGCGGCCAAGAAGGAGAUGCGCGAGCGCAUCGCCGGGAGCGAGGGACUGCUGGGCGUGUUCGCUCGGGAAAGUCUGCCCGCACCAGUUUGCCGUUCCACGGUCGACCUCCUCGGCGCCGUCCUCGACGCCUCGCGCAUGGCCGACAAGCAGCUCGUCGACCCGUUCUGCAGCCUCGUCCUGCAAGACCUCGCGCCGGUCGCCUCGCCUACCAAGAAGCGCAAGCACAAGGGCGCAGCCUCGACCUCGUCGCUCUCGCCGCGCAUCCUUGCCGCCGGUCCUCUUCUUCCCUUCUUCGACACGACCUCGUCCCUCCCUCUCCUCGACGCCCUCCUCGCACACCUCGCCCAAGCCGAGCUCGACCCGGCCACGUCGGCCCUCCUCGCCGCCGCACUCGAGCGGGUGCUCGCCCUGCCGCCGUCCGCCGCCUUUACUGGCUUCUGGACGGCGCAGUUCGAGCGCCUCAACGCGCUCGCAGGCGUGCCCGCGCUCGCUGGGCCCGCAGGCGCCGUCCUCGAGAAGGGCGCGAACGCGCUCCGGCCCGAGGCCGCCUUCGCGCACGGCCGCACGGCUGGUGACGGAGCCUGGCGGGUGCACGCCGUCGAGUGGACCGACGCGCUCCUCGCGGCGCGCCCGCUCUCGGGUCCGCAGGCGGCCACGCUCGCCGCUCUCGUCGCGCGUUCGGCCGCCGCCCGGGCCCGCCUCGUCGCCGCGCUCGACUCGCGCGAGGACGGGACGCUCGCCGAGCUGGCCAAGCCGCUCGAGGCGCUCGUCGAGACCGCCCAGGCCAAGGGCACGGCGGCGGGCAUCCCCGAGGUCCUCGCCGCUCGGUUUGUCGGCGAGCUGCUCGAGUCGCACGAGGCGCUCGGCGCAGCGCAGGUCCGUGCAGCGCAGCUCCUCGUCGGCGAGUCGUCCACCGCCGCCGGCUCGGCGCAGCGCGUGCUCGACGCGCAUGUCGCCAAGCUCGGGCGCGACGAGUACCGGGCGCGCGACGUCGCCCUCGUCGCCCGCCUGGCCGAGACGGCCGAGUCGCUCAAGCCGACUCUGGUCGACGUCGUCGAAGGAACGCUCGACGGGCUUGUUCGGCGCUUUGCCGAGCCGGACGAGGACCGCCAAGAGAUCAAGGACUUGACGGUCGCCCUUACCAACGCCCUGCACCUGCACGCCGACGUGUCGCUCAAGAGCCACUCACUCGACCCGCUCGUCACCAACCUUGCGACUCGCCGCCUCGAGCACCCGUACGCCGUCGACUUUGCGACCGCCUUGACGCGCCACCACCGCUUCAAGGACAACGAGGUCACCCGCCACCUCAACGAGAUUUUCGCGUCGCCCCGGUUCGCCACCUUUGCCAACGAGCAGGCCGAGUCGGUCGAGCCGAUUCGCUCGGCCCUCACUCUCGUGCUCGCCCUCGCCACCUCGUCGGUGACGGCCGCCGCAAAUGCCCGGGUCGUCGACCGCCUCGUCCCGUUCUACCACGGCACCCUGUCGACCAUGGACCGAGCGCUGCUCGACCUCUUCCAGCGCGUCGAGCUCGUCGGCGGCGCGUCGAUCUCGCCCGCCCUCAAGGCGUGGAACCCGUCGACCGACUCGACCGCGCUCCUCGACGGCACCCGGGUCGGCGCGCUCGGCGCCGCACAGAAGACGUUCGUGCGCCGCAGCUGGGCUCGCGCCUUUGCCUCGUCGCGCACGGUCUACACGGCGGCCGACGACGAGCGCACCUACGACCCGCUGUUCAUCGUCGGCUUCGUUGCGGCGCUCGCCGAGGAGGACGAGCUCAAGCCGCAGGAGUGGACGACGCUGCUCGAGAGCGGCGUCCUCGGCACGGUCGUCGCAGCGCUCGCGUCGUCGAGCGAGGGCCUUCGCGGGCUCGCUCGAGCAACGCUGGCGAUGAUCCUCAAGACGAUCCAGUCGCUCACCUUCCGCGAGAAGGACGAGCUUCACCUCGUCUUGACCCAGGUCCGCCUCAGCAUCUACUCGUCGGUCGGCGAGGCCAUUCCCGCCUCGAUCGCCCUCUUCCUCGCGCAUUGCGUCUCGCUCGUCGGCGCCCCGGCGUCGCCGCUGUACCCGGCCUUCAUGCGCUUCCUCCUCCAGCGCUCGACGGUCGACUCGCGCGACGUGCCCAUGUUCUACACGAUGCUCUACUCGUCUAACGCGGACGAGUUUGCGGCGGCGCCCAGGGACGAGCGAGUGUGGAUGGUCCGGUUCCUCACCGAGGGCCUCGUGCGCACCCAGGACUGGAAGAUCUACCGCCGCCGCCAAGUGUUCGAGAUCCUCGCGUCCGUGUUCCAGUCGAGCCGGCAGGACCCGGCCUUGCGCAAGCUCAUCCUCGAGUUCCUCCUUCGUGCGACCUCGUUGCCGAGCGCGGCGCGCGAGCUCAUGUCGCGCAACGGCUUCCUCGGUUGGCUCGCCGCGCAAGCCCCGCUCGACGUCGCCGAGCGCAGGCUGCUCGUCCAGAUCGUCGCCAACAUGGUCGAGGUCGUGCCGUUUGAGCAGGUGACGGGCGUGACCGACGCGGUCGAAGCUCUCGAGAACGCGGUCGGCGGCGAGGUCGCCGUCAUCGACCCGACUGCCCUACUCGACCUGAUCCGCACCAUCGCCGGCCGUCUUCCCGCGACGACGACCCGCUCGGCCCUCCUCGCCCUCGUCCUCGCUCGCCUCACCACCCUCCUGUCCGGCGUCGCCAACUCGUCCGCCUCGUCGACAUCUCCCAGCGUCCAGCACCGCCUCUACGCGACGACCAUGCUCCUCGCGUUCGUGCGCAACGAGGCCGGCAUCCGGGAGGGCGAGCAGGAGAGGAAGCUCUGGCGCGUCGCGGUGCAGAAGGGUCUCGAGAUCGGUGACGAGGAGCUCAGGAGGGAGGUCUUGAGGACGGUGUGCGAGUAGAUGCAGCCGAGAAUGGCGGCCUGCAACGUCGUCGUCGACUUCUCUUCGCA